AUGUCAGAAGAUGACGUUGAAGAAGGGGAAGACGAAGUGUACUUGGGAGUUUAUGAAGGAGGCAGAAAUGAAAAGGGGGAACGCCACGGUUUUGGGAAAGCUAUUCUCCCCAACCACGACACUUAUGAAGGCAUGUACGAAAAUGGGUUGAGAAAUGGCAAAGGCUACUACUUAUUUAAGAAUGGAGCUAGGUACUUGGGUGAAUAUUUUGACAAUCGCAAACACGGCCAGGGGACGUUCUACUAUCCUGAUGGUUCGCGUUAUGAGGGUUAUUGGGUAGACGAUAAAAGAAAUGGUCACGGCACUUACUUCUACACAAACGGAGACACAUAUGAGGGGGAGUGGCGCGAUCACCUUCGCCAUGGCAAAGGAACGUACACUUUUGCAGUCACCGGAUGUAAAUUUGUUGGGGUGUGGCGAGAUGGAUUGAUGGAUGGUUCAGGGGAGGUGAUCAACGCAAAAUAUCGAUUCUUGGGGAUGUGGAGGAAGGGACAGCUUAUUGGCGAAGGGAAGUAUGUGUUUGACAAGCUGAAUUGUCAACAGACCGGAGAGUACUUACUGCUUCCCGGUGAACCUGAAGAAAAAAGGCAGGGUGACGACGACAGUUUUACGGUCUCUCGCUGGCGUGCUAGGGCCAUCGAAGUGGCAAGGCUUGAUGAGCCUGCUACUGAGGUGGAUGUGAGCGAAAUGCGGUCGGUUGAUAAGGACAUUUGUGGUUUUUCUAUUUGCCAAGCCCAUGUGACGCCUUAUUUCCCAAUUUUUAAAGCACCGAGAUCAAACCAGAUGAGAGCCCCAAGCAGUAGUCAAGCGAAGUCAUCUAGAGAGUCUGUUGACAAAGUUGACCCUAUUUGUACAGAAAAUCCCGUUGAUGUUGUUGUCUCUGGUGAUUACAUUCGUCAAGAUGUUAACAGUGCCCAUAAAGAGGUUGAAGAUGCUCCAUGUGUAGAAGUGACUGAUUCGUUGGCCAGCAAGAAAGAGAAUGAAGGCAGUGAGGAGAAUGGUGUGGAAGUGCAAGAUGGUUCAUUGGAGGAGGUGGAGGAGAGUGAGGGAGAGGAGACUACAGCAAUGCUUGGCAGUGUGGGCAAAGUGCAGACAGAAGCCAGUGAGGAGUCGUCUACAGUGGAGUAA